CGACACUUUAGCGCAUGCGCGGUCUGAUAGAGUUGACAGGUAGAUAGUGGAGCAAGUAGGAGCGACAAGACAAGCUGACGGUUAAGUUUAAAGCCAUAAAAAGAGAAAUCAUGACGGUCUGUGAGUAUUUCAUGCAAGGACGUUGUCAAUAUGGUGUUAAAUGCUGGAACGAGCACCCGGUUGGAGGAGGAGGAAGAGGCUAUAACCGCUCUACCUCUCAACAGCACUCCAGAGGAGAUACAGCUUCACCUGUUGGGACGUACACACAGCGUGGAAAUCAAAUGAAGGCCCACCCAAGCAGGCCAGUUGCCACGCUAAUGCGGGGAACGCCAAGGUUCGCUGUUUGCUCGCUCUGUCCACUGCCGUCACGUUAUUCUCAUGAGCAAAUUGCAAAACACCUUGGCCUCACGGGCGUCUCUGACGGGCUUUUUACACUUUUCAGACGCCGCUGAAAUGAGAAUGGCCGGCGGCUUUUCUUCCGGCAGCUUCUUUGCCGGCGGAAGCGUCUUCAUGGACUUUUGAGGCAUGAAGGCUGGCGGAUUUUCGGGGUGGCUGGUGAGGGCAUAGAAACAAGGUUCCGGUGAAUCCCUCUCACCAAAAAGGAGGACAUAGCCAGCAAGUGUCCUCCCGUUGUUUCAACCGUGGGCAUCAACCGCGGGGACGAUGAACAGGUUGGAAGAGGAGGAGAAGGAGACAGAGGACCAGCACCGGGUGAAGAAGAUGAAGAGCAAAAACUGGAGAUCAUUCAGACUCAGAGUGACAUGAUGGUUUGGGAGAGCUCAGACCAGUCAAGCUUUUCCUGUUCUAGCGGCUCCAAGGCACUGUUUUCUGGGUUUACAGACAUAUCUCCAGAAGAGCAGAGGUUUGAAUAUUACUCCACCAAGAGUUACCUCGAUGGCAUCAGCUGGUUGCUCAUUCAGUGGGGAGACCGAAUGAAUCAAUCUACUCGUGCAGCUUUGAUUGCAGAACUAAGAUAUCCAGCGCCUCGGACCUCGUCAAGUGGCUUUGGCUCAGCACCUGCUGGAUGUGGCAAUAAAGGGUUUGAGGCCGAACCACCAGCCCAAGCAACUAAUAUCAGUUUAGCUUCUCCAGCGAGUGGAUUAGGCUCUCCACUGGCCCCAACAUCUCCUACAGGUUUCAGCGGCGCCAUCCCAGCUGUGACACAACCGCCCUCCGGGUCUGACGCCACGCCGUCUACAAGUUCCGAUGCCCCUCCAGGUUCCCCCUUCCCCCGCUCGUCUGGCGAAAAUCUUGCGGCUCCAUCUUCGGGGACAGGUUCCUCCUCCGCAGCCGAGACCAACAAAGCGAUGGAGAAGUCCGGCGCACCUGCAGGAAAUUUGCCAGGACAGGUGCGUGCGGUGGAAACCUCAGGCGGUCUUUACUCCCUUGACAGCGAGCUAACCCAGGAGGAGAUAGAUCAGUUCAAAGCACAAAUGUUCACUUUGGGUCUGAUUCCUCUGAAGCUGCCUCCUGCUGCAAUGCUUGCCAUUUAAUGCUUAAAUGUAUUUAUUUAUUUUUCAUAAACAGUUUUUAUUCAUUCAAGUUGAUGCACAUAUAGAAAUAUUUAUAACAAACCCCUCACUCCCCACACUCCAAACAGUCCUUGGACAAAUUAAAUGCACAUUAAAAAAAUAAAAAGUGAAUAAAAAAACUA